AUGGAGUCUCCCCAAGUGGCCGAGUUGAACAAAGAUAUAGCAGAGCUGAACAAGUUGCUGACCCAGGCAGUGAGAGAAAAUGUGAAAGAAAAAAUAAAACGAUGCAUAGAAAACACAACAAUAGAAAUAGCAAAGCUGAAACUGGAAGAAAGUCAAACCCCAAACAAAAUAACGGACAAAAGUACACCCCUAAAUGACAGCAACGUUUCCUACAGCUCUGUUCAGUCCUUCGCAUGGAAUCAGGAAGGAAAUAAAGUUACCGUUUUUCUGACCGUUAAAGAUAUACAGAAUGUUGACAAGGAAAAAAUCUGCGCAGAAUUUAACGAAAGAAGUUUUGAAAUUAAAAUGCACGACGUGAAUAAAAAAAAUUAUCGUUUCUGUGUAAAAAAAUUACAUGAAAAAAUCGUGCCAGGUAAAUGCUGCUUUAAAGUUAAGAAGGAUGCUCUGCAUGUGUACCUAAUUAAACAGGACCAGAAAUAUUGGGACAAUUUGCACUUCAAGGAGUCACCCAUGUCUAAAAUUCGUGCGCCCAAAAUGGACGAGCAGGCAGAACCCUCCACCAUGCUUAUGAACAUGAUGAAGCAACUGUACCAGGAGGGAGACAGCGACAUGAAAAGAACCAUUGCGAAGGCUUGGUGCGAAGCCAACGAGAAGAAGGGGGACUUUUCCGUCCCCAAUUUUUGA